AUGAAUAUCAAAAUAUCAAAUCAUGCUUAGAAAAUUAAUACUCAGCGUGCCAAUUCUCUCUUGCCUAAGAUAAAUGAUUGCUCAUAUUUCAAUACUACAGGUAAAGUAAGUAGGAAAACUUGUUCAUUAAUAACGAAAAGUGGCUAAAUUUGUGAAUUUAAAAAUAAUUAUUGUGUUGAUUCUAACAAAUCUAUUGAAGGAUGUAAUUUAGAUGGAAUUAAUAAAAGAGGUUGUUUUAAGAAUACUAAAGGAAAUUGCAGAUGGGAUGAUGUCUCAGGUUAAUGCUAUGAAAAUAAAACACUAUUAUAAGAAUUGGAAUUAACUAAGUAACCAUGCAUGUGGAAUGAUGAUCAAUAUUAAUGUGUUUAUUUUAAUCAAAUGACUAAAGAUCAAUAUUUAGAAUAAAAUCCUAAGAAUUAAUAUAAUCAAUGGGCUUGUACCCUAAUAGUUGGUGCUGGAUACACAUUUGAUGCAGAUAAUCAUAAAUGCAAAUUACUAGAUAAUACUUAAAAUUUUGGAUGUUCUGAUAUUUAGAUGAAUAAUUAUGCAUGUUAAUUUUUAACAAAAGGUUCAAAUUGUUAUUUUGAUUAAAAUGAAAAACCUCCAAAAUGUAAAAUUUUCAAUAUGGAUCAAACCAUUUGCUCAUCUAAAUAUGCCAUAAAUAUUGAAGUCUGUAUGAAUAUACCUAAAUCAUGUAAAUUUUCACUUCGGACAAUGUCUUGCUAAACACUAAUAGUAAAUUAAGAUAACACUUGUUUAUAUCUUUAAGGUCUAUAAAAUAAAGGAGAAUACGUAAAUAAACUAGGAUGUUCCUCAAUAUCUGAAUCUUUGCAAGGCAAUGAUGGAGAACAGUAAUGCUAUUAAACUAAAGAUCUUUAGCAAAAGUGCAAUUAUUAAAAAUUUUGUCUUUGGAAUAAUUAUACUUGCAAAGUAAGCGAAUAAUAAAUUCAUAUAUUUGAUAAUAAACACUACAUCCCAAGUGAAUAAUUUUAUUGGGAGUUUAAGAAAAAUAAUUGUACUAGUAAUACUGAUUGCAACGAAUUUAUUACAUUUCAUGAAUUUUAAAGUGAUGGCUUAACUUAUCCUGGCAAGAGUGAUUAAUUAAAAUGUGGAUUAGGUAGAUGUGAUUAUACAAAUGAACCAUGUUCUUAGAAAACCGAUUGUUAAGAUAUUUCUAUCGAAAAUCUUUAGGUUAAUGAUGAUGGCUCAAUUAAAUAACCAAAAAUGUAGGCUUAGACUUGUCAAUCAACUUGUUAAAAAUCUUUAGAUGUUUAAGAAUGUAAAUCUUCUGAAAUGGUUCCAAAGGAAGUGAUAUAACCAGCUAUCAUUAAUUACUAAUAAUGUUAAGGAAGAUGUUAAACUUCAAAAGAAAUCUGUGUGAGUCAUAUAUGUGGAGAGAGUAUAUUAUUUCCAGCAAUAACAGUAAAGUGUGAGAGCACUGAUUGUCAAAUUAAAGAUUGUAAGGGUUGUGAUAAGGACGAUUGUGCUGGUAAAUAUUGUGAAAUAACAGAUUGUGAGGAUGAAAAAGGUAAGGAUUGGAAAUGUAAAAGUUAUAAAGAUGUUAAAGUAAUAGAAUAUUGUUAAUUGGAAAGUUUUAUAUGUUCGGAAAGUCAUAAAUCAUGUAAGAAAGAAUUGGAUUGUUUGCCAUUUGUACAAUAAUCUUGGUAAUUUGAGAAUGCAACAUGUAAAAAACACUAAAUCUAUAUUAAAUCUGAAAUCUGCAAAGGGUUUAUUUAUCUACAAUUAAAAUGUCAAAAUAUUUUUUCUAAAGCUCUUUGUCUUUAAAUGACAAAUCCAACCUGUUUUUUUGAUAUUAAUUAAGGAGGUUGUAAUUAUCUUGAAGGAAAUGAAGAUAAAGUUCCAAACUGCGAUAGCAUAAAAAAUACUCGCAAACCAACUAAUUAAUGUGAGAACUUUAUGAAUAUUUGUAGAUUUAGUGGUUAGUAAGAAAAUGAAUAUCAAAAUACAUGCCAAGCAGUAUCUUCAAAAAAUCUGAAUUGUGAGGAUGGUAUCGAAUAAAAUGUUGCAGAUGAUUCAUGCCCUUCAAACACACUAAGUUAUAAAAAUUGUGUCAAGGGUUUAAAUCUCUAAAAUUCAGAUUGUUUAUGGGUUCUUAAUCCAUCAAUAUUUAAUUGCGCUGCAGUAGCUGAUUAUUGUCGAUAUUCAAAUGGGGUUUGUAUAUCUGAUCAGAAUACCUAUCCAUGUAAAUGCGAUAAAAGCUUCAGUAAAUCUUGGUGUGAAUUUUGUAAAUGCAACUUCGAUUUGCUUGGAUACUGUUAACUUGAGAGUAAACCUAUUCAAAAAUUACCUGACAAUUCUAAUCAAUAUUAUUUAUGUUAUUAGGUGAAUUUGUUACCAAUUGAUGCUGAUGGUAAAAAAAAAGUUUGUGGAAUGGUUGAUUAAGCAUGUCGAUACACUUUUACAUGUGAAGAUGCAACUCAUUUUAGUUGCGAUUACCUUUUAAAUUUUGUGGUUUCUAAAAGAGCUUGUAUCAGGUGCAAUUCUUUGAGUGUUUAUUAUAAUGAAAAAUUAUAAUUUUGUUUCUAAUUGGAUGCUGAUAUAAAAACAUGCGAUCUGUUAAAUAAAUAGGCAUGUUUAUAAAUGACAAAAGGGAUAAAGUGUAAAUGGGAAGAUUAUGAAUGUAAAUAAAUAGAUAGAAUAACCGGAUCUGAUAGUAGAGAUUGUUCAAUUUAUAAUUAAGAUGCUUGUAUAUAAUUCUAAUAAGAUUGUUGGUUUGAUUUGAAUAUUGGUUAUUGUACAUAGUUUGAUCCAACUUAAGGUUCUUGUAAUUUAUUAUUAAAUGAAGAUCUUUGCUUAUUUUCAUUAAAGGAAUCUUGUUUAUGGGAUUCAAUUAAUUUAAAGUGUAUGAAGAAUGAUAAAGAAAUAACAUAAUGUUCAGAUUUAAAUAAAUUUGGAUGUUUAAAUUAAUCAAUGAUAUCAUGUGUAUGGUCAGAUCUUUAUAAAUGUUAAUGGGCUAUAUUAAAUGAUAAAGUAAUAUCAUGUAAUUCUGUAUUAUCAAAUACUUAAUAAUCAUAUAUUACACAUUUUAGUUAAAACAUUUGUUCUUAAUUAAAGAUUCAAUCAAGUUGUUUCUUAGAUAAUUAUUAUUAAUGUAGAUAAACUAUUAUUACAGAUAUAAUUAAAUGUAAUACUUAAGGAUUAAAUAAAUUUGGUUGUAUUAAUAGAUCAAUAGGAUAAUGUUAAUUUAAAGAUGAACAACAUUAAUGUAUAGAAAAUACAAAUGAUUAAAUUGGAUGUCUUGAUUCAUUAAAUAAAUAGGCUUGUAUUUCUUAAAAAUAAACAUGUAAAUUUGAGAAUAAUAUCUGUUCUCUUCAUUAAGUAAAUACAAUUAAUGAUAUCA